AAGGCCUGUGCUUGGGGUGAGGAUGGAAUCUGAGGCUGCUCCGGCCUUAUCUAUAUCAUAUACCUAUUUAUGACACUCAGUUAUUGCCGGUGACGGCUCAGUGACAGGGGCGGGCGGGCGGGCGGCUCCGUCGUGUCACACAGGUCUAGCUGGGAGCUCAUUGAUUUUUUUUGGGAACAGGUUCUCCUCGGCCGGGACCUUCUAGGGGGUAACAGGCGGGUGAUUGGCAGCUGGCCGCGGCGGCUUGACCUGGCGUUUGCUGAUAGUUAACUAUGAAGUAUUGCGAAGCCAUGAUGGAGAUGGAACUGCCAGACUACACCGAAACGCUGGACGCCAGUUACACAAUGCUGGAAUUUGACAGUAUCCGGGUGCUGCCUUCUAAUACCGAAAUUAUUGCAGUGGAGUCGGCGAGCUCAGGCGUGCUCAGCAACGGCGUUGGAUCCUAUUGCUCUAUCUGCGGGGACCGAGCCACCGGAAAACACUACGGAGCUUCCAGCUGCGAUGGGUGCAAAGGGUUCUUCCGAAGGAGCGUGCGCAAGAAUCACGUGUACGCCUGCAGGUUCAGCAGGCAAUGCAUCGUGGACAAGGACAAGAGGAACCAGUGCCGCUACUGCCGGCUGCGCAAAUGUUUCCGAGCGGGAAUGAAAAAAGAAGUUCAGAAUGAGCGGGAUAGGAUCAGCAUGCGCAGGAACAGCUAUGAGGACAAUGGAUCCUUAUCUAUCAGUGUACUGACACAAGCGGAAGCCAUAACGCAUCAGUUUUCUUCUCUCAGCCCCAUGCACACCGGUGACAUCUCCAUGAAGAAAGUCGCAACAAUCAGUGACGUCUGUGAGUCCAUGAAACAACAGCUCCUUCUUCUGGUGGAGUGGGCAAAGCACAUCCAGGCAUUCUGCGAGCUUCCUCUAGACGACCAGGUGGCACUGCUACGAGCGCAUGCCGGGGCCCAUCUCCUCCUGGGGGUUGCCAAACGCUCUCUCCCUUACAAAGACUUCCUGCUGCUCGGUAAUGAUUUCAUCAUCCCCAUGCAUUGCCCUGACCUGGAGAUCGCUCGCGUUGCUGUGCGGAUACUGGAUGAGCUGGUGAAACCGCUGCGGGAGAUCCAGAUUGAUGAGAAUGAGUAUGCCUGCCUGAAAGCCAUCAUAUUCUUUGACCCAGACUGUAAGGGCCUGAGCGACGCCAGCAAGGUGAAGAACAUGCGCUUCCAGGUGCAGGUGAACCUGGAGGAUUACAUCAAUGACCGGCAGUAUGACUCGCGGGGGCGGUUCAGCGACAUCCUCCUCCUACUCCCGCCCCUGCAGAGCAUCACCUGGCAAAUGAUCGAGCAGGUCCAAUUCGCCAAGCUCCUCGGGAUGGCCAAGAUCGACAGCCUGCUGCAGGAGAUGCUGCUAGGAGGAUCCACCAUGGAGGGGGGUCAUUACCUUCACUCAGCUGCACCAAGCCUGGGCAUGGACGCAAUUCAUAGUCAUGUCAUUCACAACCUGCACUCAGUGAUUCAUGCUGUGCCAUCAGCUUCCCCUAAAACAUCCUUAUCUUCCCCUUCGGGCAGCGCCGGAAAUGACGAUUAUAAGAUCAGCGGGACAUCUAUGGGUGCAAUUUCUCUCAUGCCGCGCACCGUCAUCGCCAAAAAAGAGAUUUUAUAGAACAUAGAGCAGACUGGAGGAAAACUAUUUUGUUUCCAACAUUGAACAAAGUUAUUAGGAAAAUGAUGCUACUGAGCUGGAGUGACUCAGCCUGCUGUGGUCUGUACAGCCCCUAGGGACUGCAAUACACCGUCCCUCACCAUCUCCGGGUACCAUCCCUCACCGUCUCCGGGUACCAUCCCUCACCGUCUCCGGGUACCAUGGCACACCAUCCCUCACCGUCUCCGGGUACCAUGGCACACCAUCCCUCAACUUCUCUGGGUACCAUGGCACCUCCUCCCUCACUGUCUCCGGGUACCAUGGCGCACCAUCCCUUACUAUUUCCGGGUACCAUGGCACACCAUCUCUUACCUUCUCCAGGUACCGUGGCAACCAUCCCUUACCAUACCCAGGUACCAUGGCGCACUAUCCCUCACCGUCUCCGGGAACCAUGGCGCACUAUCCCUUACCGUCUCCGGGAACCAUGGCGCACUAUCCCUCACCGCCUCCGGGAACCAUGGCGCACUAUCCCUCACCGUCUCCGGGGACCAUGGCACACUAUCCCUCACCGUCUCUGGGGACCACGGAGCACCAUCUUUCACAGUCUCCGGGUACCAUGGCGCACCAUCCCUCACUGCCUCCCAGGACCAUGGUGCACCAUCCCUCACUGCCUCCCAGGACCAUGGCGCACCAUCCCUCACUGCCUCCCAGGACCAUGGCGCACCAUCCCUCACUGCCUCCCAGGACCAUGGCGCACCAUCCCUCACUGCCUCCCAGGACCAUGGCGCACCAUCCCUCACUGUCUCCCCGGACAAUGGCGCACCAUCCCUCACUGUCUCCCAGGACCAUGGCGCACCAUCCCUCACUGUCUCCCAGGACCAUGGCGCACCAUCCCUCACUGUCUCCCGGGACCAUGGCGCACCAUCCCUCACUGUCUCCAGGGACCAUGGCGCACCAUCCCUCACUGUCUCCAGGGACCAUGGCGCACCAUCCCUCACUGUCUCCAGGGACCAUGGCGCACGAUCUAUUAUCCCCUCCAGGUACCAUCGCUCACUGUCUCUGGGGACCACGGCUCACCAUGCUUCACUGUCUCAAGGGACUGCCUCGCACCAUCCCUCAAGGUCUCCAAGGACCACGGUGCACCAUGCUUCACUGUCUCCAGGGACCACGGCACACCAUCCCUCAAGGUCCACAGGGACCACGGCACACCAUCCCUCACUGUCACGAAGGACCACGGAACAACAUCCCUCACUCUGAAUGCAGCACUGCAUUGCAUGAGAAGGACAUAAUUUUUUUACAAUUUAAAAAGAACUUAAAGACUUAUUAAUUUUUUUUAAGGCUACAUAUCUGGAAGUGAUCAGCGUAAUGUGUAUAGUUCAAUUAUAAUCUCAGCAUUCACUUAUCUGAGGAUGUUUCUAUGGCUUGAUGUACAAGGUAGCCACUAGAGGGCGACUAUCCAAGUCGUUAAAAUACCAUCAUGAAAACAUGUAACAGAAAUAUUGUCACAUCAAAAAUUCCAGAUAAAUGUUACAAUAACAAUACAAUGUUUUAAAACCCAAAUGUAUACAAACACAAUUACAAAAAUAAUAUUCUUUCACUUUAAA